AUGGUUGUCUGCGUCGGCCACUUCGCCGUCGUCACCUGCUUCGCGUUCGGCUCCGUGACGACGCUCAUCGCUAUCAACGUCGACCGCUACGUGUCCGUGUCGCGUCCGCUGCGCUACCAUCAGGUCAUGACCCCGCGCGUGGUCUCCGCCAUGAUCGCGCUCAGCUGGAGCGUCGCCAUCGUCGUCGGCGUCGUCAGCUUCGUCGAGAACAGCUGGUCGCCCAACAAACCGUGUCUGCGACACCGUCGGCGCAUCCAGCCGCUGCCACCGCCGACGACGAGCAACGGUUCCUCCCAGCCGACAGAGCUCCCGGAGGAGCUUCGCUCCUUCUCCGAGGCGCUAGCCAGAAACCUGAAGCUGGCGAAGACGUUCGGCAUCGUCGUCGGCGUCUUCUUUGUCUGCUGGGCUCCGCACUUCGCCGUGAUGCUGCUGAGCGUGUUCGAGGUGCGACGGGAGCCGCUGGGGAUGUUGCGCGGGGUUGGACACGUGAUGGCCUUCUGCAACUCGAGCGUUAACUUCUUCGUCUACGCCGGCCAGAGCAAGACAUUCCGCAGGGCGUUCAGGGCGGUGCUGCCCUCGCGCGGCGGAAACUAG